AUCACAGCAGCAGCGGUGAAGAAGUGCUAGCCGCUAGCUUGUCAGACAAACGUAGCAAGCUAGCAUUAGCUGAAAUUUAUCCAAUGCCUAGCUAGCAUCGCUGCAGGUGUCGAAGAAAAUCAUAUGCAGCGAAAGAGAGGGAAGGUCGUAUCAAAGAGUUCCUGACAAAGACCGACCCUGCUUUCGACAACAUGGAGAAACAGUUGCAUUUAAACCUGUUAGCUUCCAGACCUCCUAUGGCUGGUGGGUUUCAGUCCGGCUCCAAAAUGAAAAUGGGACCUGGAAGGAAGAGAGAUUUCUCCCCCCUGCCCUGGAGUCAGUACUUUGAAACCAUGGAAGAUGUUGAGGUGGAAAAUGAAAAUGGCAAAGAUAUUUUCAGAAUCUACUGCAGUGGUUCCCAUGGUCCUGUGCUGCUCCUGCUCCAUGGAGGAGGCCACUCUGCUCUCUCCUGGGCAGUGUUCACUGCUGUCAUAUGCAGCAGGAUCAACUGCAGGGUGGUGGCUAUGGACCUUCGAGCUCAUGGUGACACCAGAGUGAAAAAUCCUGAUGAUCUCUCUGCAGACACGAUGGCCAAGGAUAUUGGAAAAGUGGUGGAGGCACUCUAUGGCGAGAACCCGCCUCCGAUCAUGAUUAUUGGACACAGCAUGGGUGGAGCCAUUGCAGUUCACACAGCCAUUGCCAAUCAUAUACCAUCCCUGCUUGGCCUCUGUGUCAUUGACGUUGUAGAAGGUACAGCAAUGGAUGCCUUGAACAGUAUGCAGAAUUUCCUCAGAAGUCGGCCAAAGACCUUUAAAUCUCUGGAGAAUGCUAUUGAGUGGAGUGUGAAGAGCGGCCAGAUCCGAAACAUGGAGUCAGCACGAGUGUCAAUGGGAGGCCAGGUGAAAAAAUGUGAGGAAUCCACCAGCAGUCCAGGUGUGUCUAAUAGCAUUGGUGAAGGUAUAAUAGAGGAGGAGGAAGAUGAAGAAGCAGAGGAAGAAUCCAAUAAGAAAAGGAUGAAGGAAGAUGAUCAGGAGAUAAAAAAGGAAAGCAUCUUUACCUGGCGGGUAGAGCUGUCAAAGACAGAAAAAUACUGGGAUGGAUGGUUCAGAGGCCUGUCUGCCCUCUUUCUCACCUGCCCUGUACCAAAGCUGCUUCUGCUCGCAGGAGUGGACAGGCUUGACAAAGACCUUACUAUUGGACAGAUGCAAGGAAAGUUUCAGAUGCAGGUCCUCCCUCAGUGUGGUCAUGCUGUCCAUGAGGACGCACCUGAAAAAGUAGCAGAUGCUCUAGCAACGUUUAUGGUCCGGCACAAAUUCACUGAGUUUAAGGAGGGAUACCUGUGCUAAUUUCCAGUUUUCAGUCUAUAUAUAGCCAGCAGCCAUAGAAGAAAUGUUUCAAGAUUCAUCGACAUCCUCGUACAAUUUAACAGCAAAUUAAAGAAAAUAUAACAAGCAUUAUUAUUAUUAUUAUUAUUGUUAUUGUUAUUAUUAUGCUUUUGUUAUUCAGAUACUUUGCCUUUCAGCUUUGCCUUAUUUUUAUUUAAAAAACACUGGGAUUUGAUUGUACGUUUCCUUUACAGUAUAUAUUUUUUAAAAACUCCGAAACGUAAUGCUCUCCUUGUUUCAUGUUUUAUUUUGAGUGAUUGCAUCAUUGUUGAUUAUGUGUUUGUAAUGUUUGAAUUCAAACUAUGAUUAAAGAUGGAUGCUGUAAAAAUGUCACCCAUGCUUGUAUAUUUGGUAUGUGUAUUAAAAGGACUUCAUGAU